AUGUCGCAGCACUCUCCCUCUUCCUACAACGUGGGCUAUCCACCGCCUCAGCAGGCCGCCGGACGCAAGCGCAGCCACCAGGACGACUUGCCCCACGACCUUGCCCCAAGCCUAGAGCAGCAGCUCAACCCCUACGCCCAGGCAGCAGGCAGUGUCUCUCUGCAACACGCGACUCAGAGCUACUCGAUGCAACAGUAUCCGCCGCCGCCACCAGCCCCGCAGUCUACCCUACCUCCCACCCACCAUCACCAUCUGCCCAGCAGCCAUCGCAAUAAAAGACACCACACCAUGGAGGGCGCACCUCCCUCUCCCUCGCAUCACCAUGGCCCUCCGAGCGUCGUAGGCCAAGAGGGAAUGCCUGCACCCGCACAACGGCCCCGCGGCCCGAAGCUCAAGUUUACCCCCGAGGACGACCAGCUCCUCGUCGACCUCAAAGAAAAGAAGAAUCUCACCUGGAAGCAAAUUGCAGACUUUUUCCCAGGCCGCAGUUCCGGUACCCUGCAAGUGCGUUACUGCACCAAGCUCAAAGCAAAGACGACGGUUUGGACGUCAGAGAUGGUCGACAAGCUUCGCAAUGCCAUGCAGGAGUACGAAAACGACCGUUGGCGCAUCAUCUCGUCCAAGGUUGGCAGCGGUUUCUCGCCCGCCGCGUGUAGAGACAAGGCAGAGGAACUCCAGGCAGUGGAGCUUGCUCAACAAGAAGCACAAGAAGGCGAGCAUUCACAACUUCAACAUCAAAGCGCCUAUGCACCCUCACAAAUGGGACCUGACUCAAGCGAUUCAGGAGCAAGAUACCACUGACUGGCCGACGGCGACGGCGACGGCUUAACCAACGCAGUCGGGUCUCUUCAUUUAUGGUGAGCAAACAUAGGGGGGGAGGUGUUGCUUUGGGGACAACGAGCAGAAGAGAUGGGUGGCAGGGUUGGUGCUGGUCACAAACGCCUUCUGU